ACCCAUCUUUGGCGAAGCAGGGGUGGUGCCCCGUCGUGGAUGGCUCCGGGAGAAGCAUUGCAGUUUCAAAUCAUCAACUUUAAUUUCGAAACUGUGAAGGUUACGUGGAAUGCAAGUGAAUACUCUGGGACUAAUUUGACAUUCCUCCUAAAGUUAAGCGGCAAUGAGGCGUACAGACCAUGCUCCAAGUAUACCCUUCAACAAGGUUACACGGCCGGGUGCCUCUUGGAAGUAGAAAAAGAUGCAGUUCUACAUUUUUCCAUCAGGAAUGGAACUCAGCCUCUUCUCAGCAAGAGACUGUGGAUCAGCAACUACCUGAAACCCAGAUCCCUGAGUGACCUGAGCUUCCAGUGGCAUCAGGGAGCAGUGACAGUGACUUGCUCUGACCUGUGGUACAAAGGUCUCGUGUAUGAAAUCCAGCACAAGAGCACCUUUGACACCGAGUGGCAGUCCAAGGAGGCAAAAACCUGCAACGUCACGCUCGACAGUUUGGACGCUGAGAAGUGUUAUUUCUUUCGGGCCAGAGUGAAAGCGCUGGAGUCCAGCUACGGCUCUGACACAUACCCAAGCGACUGGUCAGAGGUGAUACACCAGCAGAGGGGCAAGCUAACAGAUUUGUGCCAGGAAAACAGUCUUUUCCCAAAUUUUAUUUUAGUUGCUGGCAUGGUCACCUUCCUGAUAGCCUCCCUUCUCCUUCUGCCUUUAUGGAAACUACGGAGGGUUAAGAAGGUUCUCAUGCCCAGUGUGCCGGAUCCGAGAUUCACCUUCUCUGGGCUCUUUGAGUCUCACCAAGGUAACUUCCAGGAGUGGAUCAAGGACACGCAGAACGUGGCUCACUUGAAUAAGAUGGAAGACGGGGAGCAGGAGUUCAUCCUGGAAGAGGCCGCGGUGGUCCAGCUGGCAGAGAUGCCCAUGACAGCAGUGACGAGCCCUGUGUACCGGCAGACAGAGGAGGAAGAGGCCACCGGGGAGCCCGGCCAGCUCCCUCGCCAGCCCCCCCAGGACGGCGAGGUGGUCUCUCUCGGGGAUUUUACGUUUGUGAUGAGUGACAACUCAUACAGAGGAGUGUGGUCUCCUGUGGGUUUCCACACUGGCAUCCGUGGGCCUGUCCAUGGUUGCACCUGGUCCUGGCUGUGGCUGCCCUUCCACGGGGACACCUGCGGCCGUGGCUGUGCGGCAGUCCUGUCUGUGGCCGUGGGGCACUGCUGGUGCUGCGGGAGCCCCGCCCUGCAUUACGCGCUGGGCAUCCAUAUCCCCCGGCUGGGGUCUGCGCCCCCCUGUCAACCUGCCAGCACGCACUCGGGGCUGCCCGCUGCCGUUGCCUGCCCUGCUGCCCUAUGGGACACCCUGGCAGCCUUCCAGCUGGGGCUGGCGAAGACAGCCCUUCGGAAACAUUGA